AAGACCCAAUAAUCUAGGGUUUUGGUUUUGUAAUAUUCCAUUAAAUCUCUGUACAAAGCGACUCCGAGAGCUCUAUUCUACAUUCCAAGCCGCUUGAAGCUGAACGAGGAAGAGGGAUUCCCUGCAUUGACUUUUCAGGUGAGUCAUGGUGAAGCAUAACAAUGUUGUGCCUAAUGGGCACUUUAAAAAACACUGGCAAAAUUAUGUCAAGACAUGGUUUAACCAACCUGCUCGAAAAACAAGGAGACGAAUUGCUCGCCAAAAGAAAGCUGUCAAGAUCUUUCCUCGGCCCACAGCAGGAUCUCUCCGACCAAUUGUCCAUGGACAGACUUUAAAGUAUAAUAUGAAAUUGAGGGCUGGUAGAGGGUUUUCUCUUGAAGAGCUCAAGGCUGCUGGUAUUCCAAAGAAGCUUGCCCCUACAAUUGGAAUAGCUGUUGAUCAUCGUAGAAAGAACCGUUCUCUGGAGGGCUUACAAGCCAAUGUUCAAAGGCUGAAGACUUACAAGGCCAAGUUGGUUGUCUUCCCAAGACUUGCCCGCAAGUUCAAGGCUGGUGAUUCUGCUCCUGAGGAGUUGGCAACCGCAACCCAAGUACAAGGACCGCUCAUGCCUAUUGUACGUGAGAAGCCAUCUGUGGAGCUUGUCAAGGUCACUGAGGAGAUGAAAUCAUUCAAGGCAUAUGACAAGCUGCGACUUGAGCAGAUGAACAAGCGCCAUGCUGGUGCCCGAAUGAAGAAGGCUGCAGAAGCUGAGAAAGAAGAAAAGAAGUAGGAAUUUUGAUAAAUUCAAUCAGCAUUUCAAAGUCUUGAUGUUGGACUACAUUUUGCAAUUUCUGCUUUAUUUUGUUUACUGGAAUUGUCUCGAGCCAUCAGUAUUAACCUUUACAAUGUUGGUUGAAUAUUUGUUAUGGUUGGUUUUUUCACCAAUUUUGUUUCUGAAUCCUUUAUUGAAUCGUGUACUAAGCCUGUUUUGUUAUUCAAGUGGGAUUCAGCCAUGUGAUUAAUUAAAAAAAAUUAUAGUAAAAGCAGUGGCUUGCAUAUUCUUGUACUUUAAUUUCAUGAUGAUUAGAAUAACAUGAACAAUGACCUGCCUAUUCUCACAA